AUUAGAAUUUAAAUAAGUAGGAAGAAAAGGGGGCAGAAAUCCACAUUUUAGGGUUUGCAGAGGAACUGAAACAUGAUUGAGGUGGUGUUGAACGAUCGGCUGGGGAAGAAGGUUCGGGUGAAAUGCAACGACGACGACACGAUUGGCGACCUGAAGAAGCUGGUGGCGGCUCAGACGGGAACGCGCGCUGACAAGAUCAGAAUCCAGAAAUGGUACACCGUCUAUAAGGACCACAUCACCCUAAAGGACUACGAGAUCCACGACGGCAUGGGCCUCGAGCUCUACUACAACUAGUCCCCAAUCCUCACUACAAUAAUCCCUCCGGAUGGUCGGGGAUGAUGGACAUAUAUAUGUAUCCAGCUGUCCACUUGAAGAAUGAAUGGAGAUCAUCAUCGUGUAUAUUUUCCUGAACUUUUGAGGGCACUACUCUUUAUAAAAAUGUAUAAAUUGAUGACCAUCUCAUGUAUCUUAUCGCGCAGGUAUUGAACUUGAAUACCAUAUAUUGGAUCAAGAUUUAAUAUGACUAGUUUGGUAUCUUCUGCUGUUAGUACCAUAAGUGACAUUUGAGAUUGGUGUGUUAGUUUUCAUUAUUAAGGAUUUUCUCUUCCUGUUUCUGCCAUUUUAUUAACUGUAGGCAAUCAAGCCUUUCCAGUCAAA